GACGUAGAAUUCCUUGCUUCAUGAAGUCAAAAAUAAAUCAAUGCUGAAAAAUCAUUGGAUGCCAACCAACUUCACCUCGCAAACUUGACCGCAUCACCAUAACUUGGAUCUCUACAUCAUAGUGUCGCAAAUAGAAUCCGAAGCCUCCGGUGGAAGUUAUCACUUCUUUCCCUUCAUGCCCAUUGAGACCAUCUCACCUUUGUGUUUUGCUGACUGAGCAGGAUACUUUAGAUCUGACGUUGAGUUCGAAGCACUUUCAUCAGUGCCUUGGUAAUCAGUCCACAGCACUAAACGAGACCACUGCGUCUCUUCAUCACAAGUAUGCCCGGCGAGGUGAUUGACCGUCCUAACCCACAGCCAGCGCCCUCCACCGUCCCCGACUAUGUCGCCGAUUUACUGGUCAAGCUGGAAAAGCCAACAUUACACGAUGACACGAAUCAAGUUCUGGCAAAGUACAGACGUGCUGCCAAUUACAUCGCAGCUGCAAUGAUAUUUUUGCAAGACAAUGUCCUUCUGGAAAGAGAUCUCAAGUUCGACGACAUCAAGCCACGCCUGCUCGGUCACUGGGGAACAUGCCCGGGUCUCACUCUGGUAUACUCACACCUCAACCUCCUGAUCGAAAAGCAUGACCUGGAUAUGAUUUAUGUUGUUGGGCCGGGACAUGGCGCUCCAUCACUUCUUGCAAAUCUGUGGAUCGAGGGUUCUCUUGCCAAGUUUUAUCCUGAAUGCUCACAAGACAGAAAAGGCCUGAACGAGUUGAUUACCAGGUUCAGUACCACUGGGGGAUUUCCGAGCCAUAUCAAUGCUGAGACGCCGGGAGCCAUUCACGAGGGUGGUGAGCUCGGGUAUGCUCUCAGUGUGAGCUUUGGCGCUGUCAUGGACAAUCCCGACCUGAUCGUGACAUGCAUCGUCGGCGAUGGGGAGUCCGAGACAGGUCCUACAGCCACGGCCUGGCAUUCUUACAAGUACAUUGAUCCGGCGGAGUCAGGUGCUGUGUUGCCCAUCGUCCAUGUGAACGGAUUCAAGAUCAGUGAGAGAACCAUUUAUGGAUGUAUGGAUGAUAAGGAAAUGGCAGCAUUGUUCACCGGUUACGGAUACCAGCCGAGAGUAGUGGACGAUCUCGAAGACAUCGACGCUGACCUGUCAAACUCUAUGGAGUGGGCACUUUCCGAAAUCAGAAGAAUCCAGAAAGCUGCCAGAAGUGGCAAGCCUAUCAUGAAGCCGCGAUGGCCUGUCCUGAUCAUGCGUACCCCCAAGGGUUGGUCAGGUCCAAAGAAAGUCCACGGCCAAUUCGUUGAGGGAUCAUUCAGAGCACAUCAAGUCCCGUUGGCAGCUGCGAAGACUGAGAAAGAAGAACUCGAACAGCUUCAAGAAUGGCUGGAGUCCUACAAACCAAAUGAGCUCUUCAAGGACAACGGUGAUGUGAUAGACGAGAUCAAGAACCUUGUGCCGAAGAAGCCUGAGCGCCGCCUUGGCCAGAACAAAAAGACCUACGACCCAUACCAAGAGCUUCAGCCGAUCGACUGGCGAAAAUUCGAGGUCAAAAAGGGCGGCUCCGAGAGUUGCAUGAAGACAGUUGGGAAGCUGCUCGAACAAGUCAUCAAAGACAAUCCCAAGACCUUUCGAAUCUUCUCUCCAGACGAGUUCGAGUCGAAUAAGUUGGACACUGUUCUGAACUCCACCAACCGCAACUUCCAGUGGGAUCAGUUCAGUAAUGCCCAGGGUGGCCGCCUCAUCGAAAUCCUAUCCGAGCAUCAAUGCCAAGGGUUCAUGCAAGGCUAUUCCUUGACUGGUCGCACUGCUCUCUUUCCUAGCUACGAAGCCUUCUUGGGCAUCAUCCAUACCAUGAUGGUGCAGUAUGCCAAAUUCGGCAAAAUGGCACGAGAGUCCACCUGGCGUAAGCCCAUCGCAAGUAUCAACUAUCUCGAAACAUCAACUUGGACCCGACAGGAGCACAAUGGAUUCUCUCAUCAAAACCCAAGUUUCAUUGGGGCUGUUCUGAACCUGAAACCAAGCGCGGCCAGGGUCUACCUACCGCCUGACGCAAACACUUUCCUGUCCACCAUGGCGCACUGCUUACAUUCCAAGAGCUACGUCAAUCUUAUGGUGGGCUCCAAGCAGCCUUCCGCCGUGUUUCUCUCUGCACAAGAAGCCGAGAACCAUUGCCGCGCAGGUGCAUCAGUAUGGAAGUUUGCGUCCACUGAUGGAGGCCUCAAUCCAGAUGUUGUGCUUGUGGGUAUCGGAGCGGAGCUGACCUUUGAGGUAAUCGCGGCCGCUGUCUUGCUGAAGGACAAAGUGCCAAAUCUGCGUGUUCGAGUCGUCAACGUUACGGAUCUGAUGAUACUGGGGGCGUCUAGCAGCCAUCCCCACUCAUUAACCAACGAGGACUUUGAUGCUCUGUUCACCGCGGAUGUGCCGAUACAUUUCAAUUAUCAUGGCUAUGCAAACGAAUUGAAGGGGCUUUUGUUCGGCAGGCCGAAUACACCCAGAAUCUCAAUCGCAAGCUACAAUGAGGAAGGUUCGACGACCACUCCGUUCAACAUGAUGCUUGUCAAUGAGACCAGUAGGUAUCACGUUGCCAUACAGGCGGUCAAGGGUGCUGCCAAGCGCAACGAGAAAGUUCGACUGCAUCUCCACGAGACAGUCAGUGAGUUGAAAGGCAUGAUCUCGGAUACGCAGAAGUUCAUUGUGGAGCAAAAGACCGAUCCAGACUAUAUCAACGAUAUUGGAGGCUUCAGCAUUGACACGGCCUCGCUCAGUGAAGGCUGAAUCAAAGUGGGAGAAUACGGCAGCAAGGGUCGGUGAGACCGUUUGACUUAGCGCAUCAGUGGUAGA